GAGCCGAGUGCGGCUGCGCGGGAGAUUCAAAUCCGCGGCGGCUCGUCGCUGGUGCCGCGGUGUUGCUGCGGGCCUGCGUCCUCUCGCCAUGGAUAACCCGGGAAAUGUCCUUCAAAUGUUUGAAGCCCAUAUGCAGAGCUACAAGGGCGAUGACCCACUUGGUGAAUGGGAAAGUUACAUGCGGUGGGUAGAAGAGAAUUUUCCUGAGAAUAAGGAAUACUUGACAACUUUAUUAGAACAUUUAAUGAAGGAGUUUUUGGAUAAGAAGAAAUACCACAAUGACCCAAGAUUCAUCAAUUAUUGUUUAAAAUUUGCUGAGUACAACAGUGAUCUUCAUCAGUUCUUUGAGUUUCUGUACAACCAUGGGAUCGGGACCAUGUCAUCUCCUCUCUAUGUAGCCUGGGCGGGGCAUCUGGAAGGUCAGGGAGAGCUGCAGCAUGCCAGUGCUGUGUUUCGAAGAGGACUUCAAAACCAGGCCGAACCAAGAGAGCUGCUGCAACAACACUACAGGUUAUUUCAGGCACGCCUCACCGAAACGCAUUUGCCAACUCAAGUGAGAACCUCAGAACCUCUGCAUAAUGCUCAGAUUUUAAACCAAAUGAUGACAUCAAAAUCAAAUCCAGGAAAUAACUCAGCCUGCAUUUCUAAGAAUCAGGGUUCAGAAAUUUCUGGGGUAAUGUCUUCAGCUUGUGAUAAAGAGUCAAAAAAGGAACAAAGGGUGAUCCUGAUUUCUAAAUCAGGUUAUUCUGCACAAGCAUCUGCAGCAGCCAGAACUGAUGUUCAGCAGGUUGUUAUGUAUUGCAAGGAGAAGCUUAUUCGUGGAGAAUCAGAAUUUUCCUUUGAAGAGCUGAGAGCCCAGAAAUACAAUCAACGGAGAAAACAUGAACAGUGGGUAAAUGAAGACAGACAUUAUAUGAAAAGAAAAGAAGCAAAUGCUUUUGAAGAACAACUGUUAAAACAGAAAAUGGAUGAACUUCAUAAGAAAUUGUAUCAGGUGGUGGAGACUUCCCAGGAGAAUCUGCCUGAGUUCCAGGAAAGGUCUGAGGUUAAUCCAGCAUCUAUGGGGCCAAGCGUAAGCUCCCAGCAGGAACUGAGAGUUCCGUCUCUUCCAGCCAUCAAUCAUGAGACCUCAAAGAACAUAGGAGAGAAACCCAGAGAGGUGACUCCUGUUAUUCCUCCUAUGGCAAAUGCUGUCACUGCUGCUUUCGUGUCCCCAGCCAUCAGCCAGAGUCUGUUUCCUCCUGUUCCUUUGCCAGCUCAACCAGCGACAGACUCCAUGUUUACAGAGGCCAGAAAAGAUGCCAGAUGUGUGACUAAAAGCACUCAUGAAUUCAAGCCACCGAGCGGAGCAGAGAUAAAAGAAGGGUCUGAAACACAUAAGGUUGUUAACGCAGGUUCUUUUCAUACAACUCCAAACACGUCGCUGGGAACGGUUCAGGCGACCCCAUCCAGGGUGCAGCCAUCACCUACCGUACACACAAAAGAAGCAUUAGGUUUCAUCAUGAAUAUGUUUCAGGCUCCUACACUUCCUGAUAUUUCCGAUGACAAGGAUGAAUGGCCAUCUCUAGAUCAAAAUGAAGAUGCAUUUGAGGCCCAGUUUCAAAAAAAUGCAAGUUCUUCUGGGGCUUGGGGAGUCAAUAAGAUCAUCUCCUCUUUGUCAUCUGCUUUUCCUGUGUUUGAAGAUGGAAACAAAGAAAAUUAUGGAUUACCACAGCCUAAAAAUAAACCCGCAGGAGCCAGGACCUUUGGAGAACGCUCUGUAAGCAGAUUUCUUUCAAAACCCAAUGAAGUACCUCACACUGAAGAGUUUUCCGAUGACUCAACUGUCUGGGGUGUCCGCUGCAACAAAACCCUGGCACCGAGUCCGAAGAGCCCUGGACACUUCACAGCUGCCGCACAGCUUGCAUCCACACCUUUCCACAGACCACCAACAGAUUUAGUGCCUGCUCUGGAGGAUAAAGAAAAUGUGGCAGCAAGAGAGUGUACCCAUGUGACUUUGGAUUCUCGUGAAGAAAACGUAGAACCCUCAAAAGAGAGAAAGUUCAGUCCAAUUCAAGAGAAAAGCCUAGAGCCAGCAUUCCCUACAGCUGUAUCUUCGGCAUCCCUGCUCCAUGUGAGCCAGCCUGCUGCAGGUGACAUGCUGACCAGUGAGGUAGCACAGAGUCUUGAGGCUUGUAAACUCACAGACCCUAACCUCGCCAUUGCAGAAGAUCCACCAGAUGCCAGCGCUGGGCACCAAGCAGAACGGAUGCAGACUAGUUCACUUGAGAAUGUCUAUGCUCCAAACUUUACUGUUGAGAAUCCAUGGGAUGAUGAGUUGAUUCUCAAACUUUUAUCUGGGCUUUCUAAACCAGUGAGAUCCUAUCCAAAUACUUAUGAAUGGCAGUGUAAACUUCCAGCCAUCAAGCCUAAGACUGAGUUUCAACUGGGUUCCUUGCUGGUCUAUGUCGAUCACCUUCUUGGAGAAGGGGCCUUUGCCCAAGUCUAUGAAGUUACCCAUGGAGAGGUGAAUGAUACCAAAAAUAAACAGAAAUUUGUUUUAAAGGUCCAGAAGCCCGCCAACCCCUGGGAGUUCUACAUUGGGACCCAGCUGAUGGAGAGAUUAAAGCCAAGCAUGCGACACAUGUUCAUCAAAUUCUAUUCUGCCCACUUAUUCCAGAAUGGCAGUGUGUUAGUAGGAGAUCUCUACAGCUAUGGCACGUUGCUAAAUGCUAUUAACCUCUAUAAAAACACCCCAGAAAAAGUGAUGCCUCAAGCUCUAGUCCUCUCCUUUGCGAUCAGGAUGCUCUGCAUGAUUGAACAAGUGCAUGACUGUGAAAUUAUUCAUGGAGACAUUAAGCCAGACAAUUUCAUACUUGGGAGCAGAUUUUUGGAACAGGAUGGUGAAGAUGAUGAUAUAUCUGCUGGCUUGGCACUGAUUGAUCUGGGUCAGAGUAUAGAUAUGAAACUUUUUCCCAAAGGAACUACAUUUACAGGAAAGUGUGAAACAUCUGGUUUUCAGUGUAUUGAGAUGCUCAGUAACAAACCAUGGAACUACCAGAUUGAUUACUUUGGAGUUGCUGCAACAGUGUACUGCAUGCUUUUUGGCACUUACAUGAAAGUGAAAAAUGAAGGAGGAGUCUGGAAGCCUGAAGGGCUUUUUAGGAGGCUUCCUCAUCUGGACAUGUGGAGUGAAUUUUUUCACAUCAUGUUGAACAUACCAGAUUGUCAUAAUCUUCCAUCUUUAGAUUUGUUAAAGCAAAAUCUGAAGAAAACAUUUCAACAACACUAUUCAAGCAAGAUUAAGACCCUACGUAAUAGGCUGAUUGUACUGCUCUUAGAAUAUAAGCGUUCUAGAAAAUAAAAUACGGAUAUUCCCUAAAAAUCACUUUGUAAAUGCUGGCCUGUGCACUCUGACCCUUGUUGUUUUCCACAUUCAUUGUUUAUAUGUUAAAUGUUUCUUAAUAAAGUCCAUAAAAUAUAUGUUUCAAAUAUAAUAAUUUAAUUGUUUCAAAUAUUUCAACAAAGUCUACAACCCGGUAAGGUACCCAGUAGGCUGAUGGGGCACCUCUUGAGAUGCAGGCAUUCAUGAGAAUAAUCUGGAUUUGAACAUUCUCUAAAAUCAUUUUUAAUACUGACCUGUUCACUUUAAGCCAAAAAAGGAGCUAGACAGCUUUUUUCUAAGUUGAGGGUUUGUAUUUGUAUACAAUAAAAAAUUCUUCAAAGAUAUUCAAAGGACUUCAAGUUCUUAUGGAUAAAAUUUGCCUGUUCUUUUUUUCUUUUUUAAGAUUUACUUAUUUAUUUGAGAGAUAAAGCAGGGGGUGAGGUGCAAAGGGAGAGAGAAAGAAUCCUUAAGCAGACUCUCAACUGAGCAGGGAGCCAGCCCCAUAUAGGGCUCAAUCCCAGGACCCUGAGAUCAUGACCUGAGCUGAGAUCAAGAGUCAGACACUUACCGACUGAGCCACCCAGGUGCCCCAAAAUUUGUCUGUUCUUUAUUGUAGCAUUCUUCAGUGCUGUCCCUGGGAAAUAUUACAGGUGUAAAUCUUAAGCUUUUUUAUUUUUAAAAAGUACCAUUCAAAGGAAUAUCUUCCACUUCGAAAACAGUUUUAUAAGCUGUAUAAAUCAUUAAGUACCUCUAAGAUAAUAGCAGCCAACUUAGCAUCAAUUGACUUUUAAAGCUGGAAGGAUCCUAUUCCCUGAACUGAACUUCAUUUCUCCAUCCCUCCCUCCUCUCCUUAGCAUUAUGAAAAGAAAUUGGAGGUAACACCCAAAUCAAGAGCACAGAGUGAACUGCUUCCUCCUCCUUCCCUCACUCCCAGCUACCUGGUGCCCAUGACUAUUUUUUUUUGAUCUUUCCAAAAAUGAUUCUUGCAUAUUUCUGUAUAUUUUUCAUACAACUAGCAUAAUUAACAGUUUUUAAAAUGUAACG